UGCGGCAGAUGGCAGCACAUUUACAUCGGCUGACCCGUUAGUAACCACCGAGGGAGAGACGACUAAGUACAGUAACAACUGGUAACAAACUGGAAAAGGUUACUCCAUCGAGACUGGGUGGAGCACCAGCAUGCAGAAUUUGGUGGUGCAUGCACUUGCCAUGAGGCAGCUAGGGAAGCUGAACUCCCGCCACCUGUUGGCUGCUGGAUAUGGACUGAGGCAGAAUGAAUUGUGUCCCAGGACCAUCCAUACCCGCCAGCUGUGGGGCUGCUUGGCAUUCCCCUCUCCUGGCUGUCACCGGCUUGUUUUCCAGGGCAGAGACCCUGUCAGGAGUUGGUCUGUUCAACAUCUGAGGUUUAAAAGCAGCAAGAAGAAAUGUGCUGCUAGGUCAGCACAGGAGGAGGAGGAGGAGGAGGAGGAGGAGAAAGACCAAGACCCUAAUGACAAUGAUUAUGAAAAUGAGCUGGAUGAGGACCCAAAUCAACCCAAGGACUAUAAAGACAUUGAAAAAUAUGUGCAGUCAUUCAGAUACGAUAUCAUCUUGAGGGCUGGCCUGGACAUACCACGCCAUAAAAUUGAAGAUGCGUUCUACAACAGCAAGCUCAGGCUGAAUGGGCAGAAACUCAUCAAAAAAAGUAAAACGGUGAAAAUUGGGGACACCUUGGACCUAGUGCUGUCAGAGAACCAAGAACAAAACACUGUUACUCUGAUGAGAGUCAUCAUCAAAAGGGUUUUUGGUGAAACCAGUGCAACAGGAAAGUACAAAGCUACCAUACGGCGCUGGAAAUUUAUAGAGCUCUCCAAGGAUGAAGUCUUUAAGCCAUGAACUUGAGUAGGACAGUACUGACUGCCUGUUGGCCUGUGAGGGCAACAACACAGAGAAGUGCUAUCAAAUGACUGGCAUUUGAAUGGUCUCCAACACGAUGGAUCUAGAAGUCGAUUACAGAGGUAUAAUGUAAAGAUGAACAGUUCUCAGUGGUCAUAGACAUUAAGUAGUUGGUUGGGAGAUUUUGUAUGUUUAUCCUUACCCACUGUAUUGUGCCUUCCCAAAUAAAUGUGCACUUUGAAGUUUUGAA